CCAUUUUCGCGCAGCGCACUCACUCAUCCAGCCGCGGAGCUCCGAACUGUCACCUCCUCAUCGGUUCACCCGGCCCCCGUGCGGCCGCUGUCGGGUUCGGUUUGACGGAGGCGUCGCUGCCAUGGAGCCCCGGGGGGAGAGGCUGCAGCCGCCGAGGCCACUCUUAGCUUCCCGUGUAGCUACGUAGCUUACCGCUCAUCAUCACCCGGAGAAGCGCUCACUGAACACGGCUCGGACACUCGGUAGAUUCCGCUCCGGAGCUCCGGGCUCACAUUUCACUCGUCCCGUCAGACGUCGGCACACGGAGCAGCAGCCCCAUCGGGGAAAAAGACGUGAUUCUCGCGGGGGAAGAGGCGCUUCAGUCCGGCUACACUGGCAACGGAUGUCCUGGAGGACGGAUGCGUGAGGACAUGUCCACCAUGGUGUGCAUGAAGGAGGAAGAGGACCCUGGGGAGAAGAUGACCCAGGAUGAGAUCAUCUCCCGGACCAAGCAGGUGAUCCAGGGGCUGGAGGCGCUGAAGCAGGAGCACCACUCCAUCCUGGACGGCCUGCUGGGCACGCUGCGCUGCCUGAAGCAGGAGGAGGAGGGCGUCCUGGUGGAGGAGAAGUCCCACAUGAUCCGCAGGUCCAUGGAGAUGCUGGAGCUAGGGCUGAGUGAAGCACAGGUGAUGAUGGCGCUGUCCAGCCACCUGAGCUCGGUGGAGUCGGAGAAGCAGAAGCUGCGCGCCCAGGUCCGCCGGCUCUGCCAGGAGAACCAGUGGCUGAGGGACGAGCUGGCCGGGACCCAGCAGAAGCUGCAGAAGAGCGAGCAGAGCGUGGCCCAGCUGGAGGAGGAGAAGAAGCACCUGGAGUUCAUGAACCAGCUGAAGAAGUACGACGAGGACCUGUCCCCAACGGAGGAGAAAGACUCUGACUCCAAGGAGACUCUGGAUGAUCUCUUCCCUGAUGACCACGACGACCAGGCCCCGGGCAUCCAGCCGGCUCAUGGCAGUGCUGCGGCGGCGGCGGCCCAGCAGGGGGGCUAUGAGAUCCCGGCCCGCCUGAGGACCCUCCACAACCUGGUGAUCCAGUACGCCUCCCAGGGCCGGUACGAGGUGGCUGUGCCGCUGUGCAAACAGGCUCUGGAGGACCUGGAGAAAACCUCCGGACACGACCACCCAGACGUCGCCACCAUGCUCAACAUCCUGGCCCUGGUCUACAGGGAUCAGAACAAAUACAAGGAGGCAGCCAACCUGCUGAAUGAUGCUCUGGCCAUUAGAGAGAAGACGCUCGGCAGAGACCAUCCAGCGGUUGCUGCCACCCUCAACAACUUGGCUGUCCUCUAUGGGAAGAGAGGGAAGUACAAGGAGGCGGAGCCUCUGUGCAAGAGAGCGCUGGAGAUCAGAGAGAAGGUGCUGGGGAAGGACCACCCAGACGUGGCCAAGCAGCUGAACAACCUGGCCCUGCUGUGUCAGAACCAGGGCAAGUACGAGGAGGUGGAGUACUACUACAUGAGAGCACUGGAGAUCUACCAGACCAAACUGGGCCCCGACGACCCCAACGUGGCCAAGACCAAGAACAACCUGGCGUCCUGUUACCUGAAGCAGGGCAAGUUCAAGCAGGCCGAGACUCUUUAUAAAGAAAUCCUCACCCGCGCUCACGAGAGGGAGUUCGGCUCAGUCGACGAUGAGAACAAACCCAUCUGGAUGCAUGCUGAGGAGCGAGAGGAGCAGAGCAAGGGGAAGCAGAAGGACGGUUCACCAUUUGGAGAAUAUGGAGGCUGGUACAAAGCCUGCAAAGUGGACAGCCCCACGGUGACCACCACCCUGAAGAACCUCGGCGCCCUCUACAGGCGACAGGGCAAGUUAGAGGCUGCAAUGACGCUGGAGGAAGCCGCCCUGCGCUCCAGAAAGCAGGGUCUUGACACUGUGCACAAGCAGCGCGUGGCCGAGGUCCUGAGCGAGCCGGAGGCCCGCGAGAAGCAGCGGAGCCGCGAGAGCUUGACCUCGGACGCGGUGAAGUACGAGAGCGGGCCGGACGGUGGCGAGGAAGUGAGUAUGAGCGUGGAGUGGAACGGGGACGGCUCCGGCGCCCUGAAGAGAAGCGGCUCCUUCAGCAAACUGCGAGCGUCGAUCCGUCGCAGCAGCGAGAAACUCGUCCGGAAGCUGAAAGGCGGCGGCACGACGCGAGACAGCGAGCCCAAAAACCCAGGCAUGAAGCGAGCCAGCUCUCUGGGCGUUCUUAACGUGGCGGACAAGGCUGCGAGCGACCACUACCAAGAACGAAAUAAUCGUCUGAGGAUGAGUCGCGACCUGAGCGCCUCCCACACCGACCUGGCGCUGUGAAGGUCACUCCACGAGGUGAGGGGCGGAGCCUGAGAGGUCACCGAGGUCACGGGAGCUCCGUCAUUCGUCCAAACUUCAGCCCCCCCCCCCAGCUGUAAAUAGGUUGCUGUGGACGCUUCUCGUUUCCCUCGUUCACUCGUUCUCUCGCUGUUCAGGUUUAAAUCUUUUCUGCACUUUUACACGUUUGAGGUGUUUAUUUUUUUUCCGUCGGUGCAAAUGUAGAAACGGGGGGGGGGGGGGAUGAAAUCCAUGAUUUUGAGUGUUUUUAAGUUGUUCAUCUUUUCUGUCUGUUUUAUUUUUGUGCGUUUACUGUAUGUGAGUCCGUUUUAAUCGCCCGAGAUAAUAACUGAGUUUCUUUCUCAGCGAUUCACAGACUGUACUUUCUGCAUUAAUUAAAAACCUUUCAGGACACUCCUCCUGUGAACCUGCAGGGGGCGCUCACGUCUCCUCCAGCUUCCAUCAUGUGGCGAGUGAAGAUUUUGCUUUUGACGUAUGAAGUUCUAUGUUUACAUUUGGGUUUAAUGUGUAAAUGAUGUUUUAUUUGUUUCUGCUCUGAAGAGUUCGUUUCUCUUGAAGUUUGUAAAAAGUCUCGAGAUCCGAUCAUGACAACUCGUCCCUGCGUCAGAGAAAAGAGGCGGAGUCACUGAAUCCACCGAGUGGCGCCCCCCUCAGGACGGAGGCUGUCGUUUCACACACUGACCACAAAGUUCAAAACACUUUAACACAGUAAAGAAACUCCAGACAACACUUCACCUGAGUGAAGUGGAACAAAUCCAACCAAACAUAUUUAAAGAAAAUUAUUAUUAUGCAAAUUAUGAUUCCUGAGCAUUUUCAGACGUGACUUAAGUUGCCAUUUUUUAAAUAUUUAUAUUUGCUUUUUACCAAAAUAAAAGAGGCUUGUAAUUAAUAAUUAGAUUCAUAGUUUUAUAAAAGAUAAACUUAACAAACCAGCGAUUCACUGUGAUUUGUUUUUUAAAACUGAAUUCAAUGUAGAUGAAAACAAACAGUUUUACAGCAGGAGAAUCAAAAUCUGGACAAAGAAGUUGAUUCAACGUCACAAACAUAUUUUAAUAUUUUCAGUGUUUAGAAUCUGACGAAAACUAAGAUUUAGUUUUAUCAACCUUAAUAAAAUUACAUUUAUCAUCUUAUUCUGGUGAGAAGCUUAAACUGUCGACCUCAUGAUUCAAACUGAAGGAUGAAGCUCGACACUCAGUUGUGUUGAUGCUGAUUCACUUUGAUAUUGUGUGUGUCUGAAAUGUAGAAAUUGUUUGAGCUGGUGAUCGUUUGAGUUUUUAUUUAUUUUAGAGUCAGACAGAAAAACAAAUGUUUCCACUUUAACAAACACAUUAUUUUGUCCAUAGUAACUAAAAUAUUAAUUUUCAAUUCAAGAUUUUAAAACUUUUUUCGCUAAAGACACUUUUCAGUCUUAACUAAAACACAAUGUACUCAGAUUACUCUGAUCAGGUUUAACCGUUCAGGAUUUUAACAAAAAUACUUCAGAUUGAUUUUAAAUCUCAAACAGACGAAACCUGGAUUUUAUUUUAUAUUGAUUGAAGGAAGUUUUUAACCAAUCAGGCUGAUAUAAAAAUUAACAAACAUGAAGUUAUUUCAUUUUAAUGCCAAAAUAAUCAAAUCUGAUUUGUGAUGCAUUUGCUGAAUUGUAAAUUGUUAUGAUCUUUUCAUGCAGACGUUUGAUGAGUGUGUAGUUUUUUUCAGGAUCGUGCAAUAAGUCUGACGUGAGCUUCAUUUAAUUAAAAACUCAUUUCUGCUUCUGAUCCUUAAAUCUGAUGAUAAUUAACUGACGUCUGAACGAGGCAGAGAUUUUAAAUGAAGGAACCAAAUCCAACACAUUUUAAUUAUUCUUUAUCUCCCUUCUCUUCUCUUAAAACAUUUUCUAUUUCCAAACUAACAAAUUAAAUACGAAUGAAGCCUUGAAAAUGUAAAUAUACAGUAAAAUCUGAGUAGAUUAAAUAACUUGAAUAUGAUUGAUAAGCUUUUUUUCCGUCUGUGCCUGGAAUGAUUUAGUGAUUUUAGAAUUAAAUCUGAUUGUUUUUCUUUGUGAGGAUGAUUUCAUUGAUGAGUCGAGUGUGUGGACUGUUGAUCAGUCUGCUCAUCAAACUGCUUUUUAAAAAUCGCUGAUGUCUUAAUGUAGAAGUUCUGCAAAGUAUCGAGGCACAUAACUGAUGAGUCAUGGUUCUGACGAGGGAGCAACAGUUUGAGCAACGACGUUUCAAAAGAUCAGAUCAUGUUCACGGUAAAAUGUGAAGAUUGUUACAAAGGUCAUUUUCUUUCUACUCUUGUUAGAGGUUGUUUUUCCUUCAGUAGCCUUUCGGGCUAUGUGCUAUAAUUAAAUAUAUGAAAUAAAGUGACAGAUGCUGUUUCACAACUUAGGGUCAAAGUUUCCUCAAACUGUUGCUCUAGAAACGUACAAGUAACUGGAAGGAAAGUGAGAAACUUUAAAACUCCUUCGUGAGUGGCGAUGACGUGAAUGUAAAGUUCGAUUUAUUAAAUCACAGAAACGUCUCGUUGGACUUUGUGUGAUUUUCUUGUUGAAACAGUUAAAGUCUGUUUCUACAUGUGAUCGAUUUGAUUGGAUCUGUCACGGCUGUGGACCAUGUUGUUGUGUGGAGCUGUAAAGUGGACGGUCGCACAAAGUUCAUCGGGAUAAAGACUAAACACAGCGCCCUCUAUCACCCCCAAGUUGAACUGCAUCAAUAUCUAUCGAACUUAAACACCAGCUACAUACGUGAUAUUCCGUCAUACUUCAUGUGUAUUCAUUGUGCAGCAUCACACAAAUCAAGGACCCGAAUCUAUAUUUAUUAAAUGCGUCAGUACCUUGAAAACAUAUUGGACCCUCCUCUUUUACAGCUCCACGAAUCACAAGCUCCUCUUUUCUUUUCUUUUUGUGACGUUACAAUUUUAAGAAAUACAAACGUAGAAGUUUUCCCUCUGUGUUAAAUAUGAAAAUAAAGCCGUCCCCUGUUCAGA